UAUGUAUCGUACGCGCUGCACGGAAUCCCCGCCGACGGGUCGUUGCGGUGGGUCACGCUCGACUACAAAGCACAAGCUGCCAUGGGUAUCCAGCGGACGUCUCUCAUCGACUAUGCCCUCAACCAGAGACUAGGCGAGGCCUUCAAGCGCUUUGCGCACUUCGAAGGCCUAACGCUAUCGGUACCGGAGCCCAACCGGGAGUCUUUCGGGGUCGCGUGGUGGACGGACCAGAUCGCCCGAAGGCGGCGAGAAUAUAGAGCGCUAGUCGCAGUGGACGUGCGCACCGCCCCUGCGAGCACGGUGUGGGUGGAAGAAAACGACUGGACCGAACAGGAAAGAGGGGCCGAAAAGGAAAGAGAGGUCGAAUAUUACUGGGAGAAUGGACAGAUGCGCGUCCUAUCCAGGUUCUUCAAGCAGUAUUGACUCCCGUAACGAGUGCGGACUGUGAGGUGAACUAUCGGUAAGGUUGG